AUGUCAAGACAUUCCAUUCUCUUUGCUAGUGGAGGAAGAGGGAACCCCAUUCUCGCAACUGCUUCUACUUUUUGUAAUAUUAAAGUUGCCAGUGUUUCCUCGUAUAACCCAAACCUCUGGUGGUACAGAAUCUUAAGCAGAAGUCAUCGUACUAUCCCAAACAUCUUUAAACUCUCUUUGUCGCCACCAUCAUCAUCGACAGCAGCAGCAGCGGCGGCUUUUAAGGUCGUUGGGUUUUCAAGGAUGGAGUUAGAAAUUGAGGGAGAAGAUGGUCAUUUCAAGUUGUCUGAAACCACUGAACUUAAAAUCCAGAAAGGUGACAUCACUCUGUGGUUUGUUGAUGGCUCCUCUGAUGCUAUUGUCAAUCCAGCAAACGAGAGAAUGCUUGGUGGUGGUGGUGCAGAUGGAGCCAUACAUAAGGCUGCUGGACCAGAACUCCUGGAAGCAUGCUAUAAAGUCCCUGAAGUUCAACCUGAAGUACGCUGUCCAACAGGAGAAGCAAGGAUUACCCCAGGUCUCAAACUGCCUGCAUCUCAUGUGAUUCACACUGUUGGACCAAUCUAUGAUUCUGACAAAGACCCCAAAGCUUCCUUGACAAAUGCAUACAAGAACUGCUUGAGUGUGGCUAAAUAGAACAAUGUUAAAUACAUUGCUUUUACUGCAAUAUCCUGUGGUGUAUAUGGAUAUCCUUUUGAGGAGGCUGCUACGGUUGCUAUAUCUACUGUCAAAGAAUUUGCAGGUGACAUUAAAGAGGUGCACUUUGUUCUUUUCUCAGAUCAAAUCUACAAUGUUUGGUUGAACAAGGCAAAGGAAUUACUCCAAGCUUAGUUCAUGACAGCAGCUAGAAUUACGUCGCUCUACCUUGUUGCUUGAGGCUGCAAAACUUUAGAUGUGUAUAUCAAUUGACUUGGAGGCCUGCAUGCAAUUAUGAGAGAUUGCUUUAAUUUUUGGUUUGUGAGGUUCCAGAACUUUAGAUGAAUUUGAGGCAUCUAUGCUUAUCUGUAGACAAAAUGCAUGUUCGUGCUAGUGUGGUAUUAAUGGUCUAGAUAUGGUGUCUUCAGUUUGGGCAAAUAUUUGUUUGCCCUCAAUUCCCUGGCUGUUGCUGCUGCCUUAUCUCUCCUGUUUGUGGAUUGGAAAGCAGUGAACAUAAAAAUAUAAUGGUAAAAUUGCCCAGAUAAGAUUGAGUUUC